GCACUUCCGGGUCAGGUCACGGAGAAAAAGAUGCUUAACAUAAAGUUAAUUGAAAAUAUCUCCUAUUCAAACAUUUAUUAAAAUGAAAGGGGACGUCAUUUCAAGCGUCGAAUUAGUUUUACCAGAUAAUGUUGUAGACGCUUGUUAUCAUCUUAAACAUCAAGUAAAGGCCUGCUUUCGAGCGUUGAAUUCUCAAGAAAAUACUGGCAGUGAAAUUACUCUACAAAGACUAGAGGAUAAUUCAGUAAAGAUCAACGUCACAGUUCUUUCCGUUGAUGUGGAAACUGUUAGUAAGGAAGAUUUUAAAGAAUAUUGUGAAUAUCGUAUCGAAAGCGCAACUUCUACUGACAACGAUGAAGGCGAAGAAGUUGCACAGAAACCUAAGCGUUCGUCCUCAGAUAAAAUAGCGGCGAGAAAACGGUUAAAAACCGAUUUAAAGCCAGAAGUAAACAACGGUAAAGACGAUGAAGAGUUCUGUGAAAGAGAAUUAGAGCGUUUAGCGGAUAUUGCUGAAAAGCUUAGACCAGAGGAGGAACUGUGGAAGAAGCCAGACGAUAAAUCCUCAAAAGGAGAUGUAUAUAAUUUCGAUGCGUGCCUACCACAGAAAAAGCGCUUAGCCAAAGCCUUUACAGAGUCUGAAGUUUCCGAAACUGCUUGCUUUAAAGCUGAUAAAGACGAUCAAGGCUCUAAAGAAACACAAAUUUGGACAAAUGAUACCGAAAUUCUUAAGACUUUAAUAAACGAAUCAACUUUAACAGAGGACGAAAAAUUACAAUUGAAGAAGGUAGUUCUUAAUUGCUCUAGUGUCAAGUUAUCAGCCAGUACGGAUAACAACGAAGUUAAAGGUCUUGAACUAAAAGAGCAAGAGGAAGAAGGAAAAUCUGACCUACCACCGAUUACUACUUUCACAAAUGCUGAGGGAAAAAAGUUUAAAUUUAUUCCAACUGGGCGUAUUCGAAAUGAACCCACUGCCCCUCGUAGAGGACGCGGUAGAGGUCGUGGAAGAAGGCGAUAUGCUAGGGAAGAUAUUGUCAUACAUUGUCGUUACUGCGAUGCUACUGUUAGGGACUAUUCUUAUCUUUUCCGUCAUGUCAAAAAUAUACACGGCGAAGAAGACGAUGUAAACGAUUACAUAUCAGAAAUUCGGCCUCUAAUGCGUGUUCCCUGCCCAAUUUGUAAAGUUCUUGUCUCAUCAUCAUCCAACAUGGCUGCUCAUAUCAAACAAAAGCAUGAACAAAAUGAACGUGUCACAUGCGAUAUUUGCCAAAAAUCCUAUAAAACCGAUAUAUCACUUAGACAGCACGUUCGCCAAUGUCAUUCUUCCGACCGGAAAUAUGAAUGUUCUGGAUGCAGCGCAACAUUUACAGAGCGUCGUUCCUUAAGGGAACACAUAAACUGCGUACACGAUACAACCGAAGUUUUCCAAUGCGACGAAUGCGGUAAAGACUUUUUAACGAAAGGGAGAUUAAGGAGGCAUAAAUUUAUUCACGGUGAACACAGGGAGUUUUGCAGUUAUUGCGGUAAAGGAUUCCAUUUAAGGGAUAAUAUGUUGAAACAUAUUGAAAUAGUACACGAACGAAAACAAGGGAAAAGGUUUCAAUGCGAAUAUUGUUCAAAAAGAUUCACAGUUAAAGGGAACAUGAUGCAACAUAUGCUUGGCGUUCAUCUGAGAAAAUUCCCCUACUAUUGUUCCGUUUGUUAUGGUGGAUUUAGGAGAAAGAAGGAAGCUGUAGCUCAUUUGGAAGAAGAGCACGGUAAAGAAUAUGAAGAGGUUGCCGUAAUUUCUGGUUCCACCGGAAAUGCUCAACAAUUUCUCAUAAGCAAUCCAGGAUUUACAGGAGAAGAAGAUGAUGUUCAAUUCGUAGCUAAGCCCAGAAUAGGAAAGAAACCCGGUAUGUGUGCAACGGAAGGUGGCCAAAAUGAUCAGGAAGAGCUUCUUCAAGAUGAGAAGGAUGAGGAGGAAGAGGAAGAUGACGAAGAAGAAGAAGAGGAAGAGGAGGAAGAUGAAGAAGAGGACGAAGAGGAUGAAGAGGAUCAGCGUAAUAAUUAUACACCUAACAAAGAAGUUGACAAUGGCAAAUGCGAUGAUUUCCUUGAAGAAAAAGGUAAUAACGAGGAACAAGUUAAUGAAAAAGAAAGUGUUGCUUCCAUCCUAGCUCAAAUGUCUAGUUAA